CUUCAAGAAAUAUCUCUUUCUUUUUCUUUUGACGCGAUUACAUCAGUGGGCCCCGCUGUCAUUGUUUAUUUACGGCACAGCUCUGUUAAUUUAGCAUAUUCUCUCGUCACAGUCAUCUUUUCUCCUUCAAUAAAUGUAACCACCUCUCCUCGUUUUAUUCUUCAUCGUAAAAUUCAUUUCCCCUCAAUUUCCUGAGAUUCUCGUGCCAUAGCUUCGGUGAAAUGGGAAUAUACACUAGAACGGUUGCUGUGUCACUCGUUGUGACGUUCCUGCUGUUUUUUUCUGCCUCUGCUGAGCGCAAUGAUGGGACCGUCAGAGUCGGCCUGAAGAAACUCAAGUCGGAUCCUCAAAUCCAUCUUUCUGCACGUGCGUUUGGUUCCCACGAAGAAAAUCCCCCGAGAGCUUACAACCUUGGAGACUCGGGAGAUGCUGACAUUGUCACGCUGAAGAAUUACUUGGACGCUCAGUACUACGGUGAGAUCGCUAUUGGUACUCCACCGCAGAAGUUCACCGUGGUGUUUGAUACCGGAAGCUCUAACCUCUGGGUGCCAUCAUCAAAGUGCUAUUUCUCGAUUGCAUGUCUUUUGCAUCCCAAGUACAAGUCUUCGCGUUCAAGCACAUAUGAGAAGAAUGGAAAAUCCGCCGCAAUUCAUUACGGAACUGGGGCUAUUGCUGGUUUCUUUAGUAAUGACGCCGUUACGGUUGGCGAUUUAGUUGUCAAGGAUCAGGAGUUUAUUGAGGCAACCAAGGAGCCUGGUUUGACAUUUGUUGUAGCUAAGUUUGAUGGUAUCCUUGGUCUUGGAUUCCAAGAGAUCUCUGUUGGAAAUGCCGCUCCUGUUUGGUACAACAUGCUCAAGCAAGGCCUCAUCAAGGAGCCGGUGUUUUCAUUCUGGCUUAACCGUAACGCUGAGGAUGAAGAAGGUGGUGAACUUGUGUUUGGAGGUGUUGAUCCAAAACAUUUCAAGGGACAACAUACUUAUGUCCCUGUGACACAAAAGGGUUACUGGCAGUUUGAUAUGGGUGAUGUUCUCAUUGGCGGUGCACCCACUGGAUACUGCGAAAGUGGCUGCUCUGCUAUAGCAGAUUCUGGAACAUCUUUGCUUGCCGGUCCAACAACUAUAAUCACCAUGAUAAACCAUGCUAUUGGAGCAUCUGGAGUUGCCAGCCAGCAGUGCAAGACUGUCGUAGAUCAGUACGGGCAGACCAUCUUGGAUCUGCUUUUGUCUGAAACCCAGCCGAAGAAAAUCUGCUCGCAGAUUGGUCUGUGCACUUUCGAUGGUAAACGUGGUGUCAGUAUGGGCAUUGAGUCUGUGGUUGACAAGGAAAACGCCAAAUUGUCUAACGGUGUUGGAGAUGCCGGGUGUUCUGCAUGUGAGAUGGCAGUUGUUUGGAUUCAGAGCCAGUUGAGGCAGAACAUGACUCAAGAACGCAUAUUGGACUACGUCAAUGAGCUAUGCGAGCGUAUUCCCAGCCCAAUGGGAGAGUCUGCAGUGGACUGUGCACAACUCUCGACCAUGCCCACUGUUUCGCUCACCAUUGGAGGCAAAGUCUUUGAUCUUGCUCCACAUGAGUAUAUUCUGAAGGUUGGUGAGGGAGCUGCAGCACAGUGCAUCAGUGGCUUUAUUGCACUCGACGUUGCACCACCACGUGGACCUCUCUGGAUCUUGGGAGAUGUAUUCAUGGGCAAAUACCACACCGUGUUUGACUUUGGAAAAGCACAGGUUGGAUUUGCAGAAGCAGCCUAAACACACGUUUGGGCGUAUGGUUUUUAGUUGGGUUUAUGUGAACAAUCUGUGUCUCCAAGUGUUGUUUGUAAGUUUCUGGAAGGGUUUGUGUCAAAAACGAGUCGUGGUAGAAAUGGUGGCGCAGUUACUUUUAUCUUUUUAAUGGUGUUUCCUAACUACUAAAAAAAAAAGACCUUUGUAGUUUUUGAAGGCAUUGGCUUUGUAAAUAUUUCUGCUACUCAAGUUCGAUGGUGAAAACCUUUAAAAUAAAAAUUCUGCCUUGGGAGCCACCUA